AUGGCUUCAGCUUCGAGUACACUGGAUGCGUUGGAGACAUGCAAAAAAUGUUUGGCAGGAAGUGCCGCUGCAGCAAUCAGCAAAACAACGACGGCACCAUUUGACAGAGUGAAACUUGUACUUCAGCUACAAAGAAGAGGAGAAUUAGCAGUGGCUGAGUACAAUGGAAUCAGAGACUGCAUUACAAAAAUCAGAUUGGAACAGGGUGCGAUGGCACUUUGGAGAGGAAAUGGUGCGGGUGUGGCAAGAUGUCUUCCAAAUCACACUUUGAACUUUGCGUUCCGUGACAUUUAUAGAAACAAACUUCUCAAGAAUGUUGACCGUAGUCAAAGCUUUAGCAAAUUUCUAGCGGGUACAUUUGUUUCUGGUGGUCUUGGUGGUGCUACAACACUUUUCAUACUGUAUCCAUUCGACUUUGCUCGAACGCGUCUGGCUUUAGACACUAAAAAGGAUGGGUCAAGGAAAUACAAAGGAAUGGUUGACUGUUUGCAAAAAAUCAAAGCCCGGGAAGGAGUCAGUGCUUGGUUUAAAGGAUUAUCAGCCGCCAUGCAGUUUGUGAUAGCAUCUCGCGCUAUCUUUUUUGGAAUCUUUGACAGUAUUAGGACGAGUGUCAAAGACCCAAAAUCACUCAACUUUGCUGCUUGCUGGGCAAUUGCUCAGGUUUCAAUUACAACAAGUGGCAUGAUGUGCUAUCCUUUGGAUACUGUAAGACGCAGUAUGAUGAUGCAAGCGGGUAAAAAAGUAAAACAGUAUACGAGUACAAAAGACUGUUGGAAAACGCUUUACAAAAAAGAUGGAUUCAAUGGAUUCUAUCGAGGUGCCUUGACAAAUUCGCUCCGAUCGACUGGUGGAGCAUUAAUAAUCACUUUCUACUACGAGUUCUCAAAAUACAUGUAA